AUGUCCGACACGUCUACGAAUGCGCAAGCCGAAGAGGCACCCAAAGUCGAGUAUCCGCCUCCCGAGUCACCCGUCGCCGAGAAGCUUGUCCCGGCACCAACAAUCACUAUACCCGACGGUGGCCUCCAGGCUUGGCUCUCCGUCCUCGGAGGCUUCCUCGUUUGUACUACAACCUUUGGGUACUCCAACUCAUUCGGAGUCUACCAGGACUACUAUGUGCUUUCUGGCGCGUCAUCCUCGUCGAACAUAAGUUGGAUCGGGUCAAUACAGUUAUUCUUCAUGUUCGCGAUGGGCCUCCCCGCCGGUAAGCUAUUCGACCAGGGCUACUUCCACCACGUUCUCGGAUUCGGCAGUCUCCUCUACGUCUUCUGCAUGUUCAUGCUCUCCCUCGCGCACCCGCAGAAGUACUACCAGCUCGUCCUCUCCCAGGGGAUCGGCAUGGGCAUCGGGAGUGGCCUCAUGCUCGUCCCCGCUAUGUCCGUCCAGGCGCACCACUGGCGCACCCGCCGCUCGCUCGCGAUGGGAAUUGUCAUGAUGGGCUCGGGAAUCGGCGGCCUCAUCUACCCAAUCAUGCUCAACAGGCUCGUGCACGGCAGCGCGGGGUUCGCGUGGGGUGUCCGCGCGACGGCGUUCCUCACCCUCGGCCUUCUCGUGAUCGCCAACGCCGUUAUGACGACCCGCCUCCCGAGCGCGAAGAAGCGCGGACCAGGGCCGAAGCCAGACAUGAAGGCGAUCAUGACGGACGUGCCAUUCUUAGUGCUCGUGUUUGGGCUGUUCUUGGUGCUAUGGGGGAUGUUCUUCCCGUACUUCUACCUCCAACUUUGGGUGAACCUGCACGGGCUGUCCUCGACGCUCGCGUUCUACACGAUUGCCAUCCUCAACGCGGCGUCUAUCUUUGGGCGGACGCUCCCGAACAUGCUCGCAGACCGCAUCGGGCCCUUCAACGUGCUCGUGCCCGUCGCGGCGAUCACCGCCGCGCUCGUCCUGGCCAUGUUCGGCGUGAAAUCGACGGGGGCGGUCGUAGUCUUCUCAAUCCUCUACGGGUUCUUCUCCGGCGCGACGAUAGCACUGAUGCCGCCGGCGGUGGCGACGCUGUCGAACAGCGUGCAUGAAAUCGGGAUGCGCCUCGGGCUCGCGUACUUUUUCACCUCGCUCGCGAUGCUGACCGGGACGCCGAUCGCCGGCGCGCUCUACGACGAGGCAGGGCAGUGGUACAAGCCAAUCGUGUUCAGCGCGGUGAGUACGGUCGUCCAGUUGGUGUCUGUUAUCGCGCGCUCCUCUCCUUCGUUGGCGCAUGCUGGGUCCUCGUUCUUCUCGCGUCUCGCUACUUAGAUGCGCGAGUCCCGCGGCAGGAUGACGUGCGAUGGGGGCUCGUGCGGGGCGGUGCUCGUUACGGGCAAGGCAGAGUGCUGACGCGCUCCCAAUUUUUGUGGCAGGUCGUCAUCUUCGCGGGCGCGGCGUUCAUUUUGCAGGCGCGGACGAUUGUAUCGCGCAAGAAGGGCUCGCAGCACGUAUGAAUCGUACUACGCCUCUCGGUGCUCUGAAUUCCGGUCCUCGGAUAUCAUACCAUACCAUACCGUGAUUUGGCCGUGCGGACUUCAAUGA